CUAAACCUACACUUCUAGUUCCAUGUUCAUCGGCGUCUUCGCGCCCAGUUCUCAUUUCUUUCCGGGUCUUGACUUCGCAGUCUCUUUGGUUGCUCCAAACAUCACAUCAUGUCAGUGGACUCGGACUCUCAAUCGAGCUCGCAGAUCCUCUUGUCGUCUCAAGCCACUCUGAACCAUUCCGGCAAGCGAACGUCAUCGGAAAUCCCCAAGAUAUAUAAGCAUGCCUCACAGCUGUUUCUCACUCGGAGACUGCUGGAAUCCUACGAAGCUCUUCAGCCUAUAGUCACCCCGCCCAGUAAGACGAGACCAGAUGACAGUCCUGCACAAGCGCCGAUUGCGACCGCAACUACAAGUCAACGGGUCAAGAUUUGGAGCUUAUACGUCACGCUCUUAAACUCGAUUGUCGAUCUUGGUUAUGAAGAAGGAGGAAGGUUGUUCGGUCAGAGAAUAUAUGAUGAGAUUGUUCGAAGUGUUCGGGAGGGUCAGGUUUGGGAAGAGGUGGUGAGGGAUGGGUAUCAAGGCCGAGAAGCUUCGGUCGACGCCGAAGUUGUCUACAAUCUGUCAACUCUGCUCCUUGGGCAGGCCCACAACCAGAAACUGAACCAGUCUCGUCUGGAAACCUACCUCUCGUCCUCGCAUUAUGACAUCGAUUUCUCAACGCAUCUCAACAACGCCCUCAGCAACGGCCGACACAAUGGCACGAACACGCCGAAAGACCUAGCCUCUCGCAUCAAAAUCCUUGAACUCUUUACCCUACACGUUCUGCCACGGAAUGAUGAAUGGGACUAUGCGAGGAGUUUUAUCUCGAAUAGCGACAUUCUGGACGAGGAGCGCCGUGAAGCUUUUCUACAAACCCUACAAGAACUACAAGAGGUAAACGAACAAGAUGAUGUCGAGCCAGCAGAACAUGAUGUCUUUGAGGAUACAGAGGAAGAGAUGCACACUCCACAAACCGUUGUAUCUGAUGAAGGUCAUCACUCGCUACCCAAGCCUCCUUUGUCCCGAACCAACACGAGCAAGCACCAAAGAACGAGUAGUGAAGUGGACUAUGGGAUCGAAAUGGAUCAUCCCAACGGCUCACAUCUAACCUCCAAAAAGGACGCCAAUUCUUCUACAGCGCAGGCGUCCAAAGAUGUUCCUAUGGCCAAUGUUCCCCCUCAACCAGUACCAUCGAAUGCGUCUCCACGCUCUCCGCCCGCCUCUUCCUCUGCAGGACGAAUUCCUAUGUCCCCUCCGGCACACACACCUCGACGACCUACCCGUAAGUCUAAAGCAUCGAACCAAAACAGCAUGUUUGCCCAAGCGCGGCAAUUGUUUCUCGCUCUCUCAAACCUCGCUCACAAUCUCGCCGGCACACUCUCGAAGAAUCCCACCAGCCUGCUGAGAUCUUUACUCUUCAUAUUGGCCUUCGUGAUGGCUUUCAGCCAGAAGCAAGUAAGAGACAGAGCAAGGAAGCUGCUGAAUACGAGCUGGGCCAAGGUCAGGGGCACAGUAGGCAUGGGCACAAAGGUCAGCUACAUCUAGUAGCAGGUGCACAAGAACCUAUGACUUCCAGUUGUACACCACCGUACAUUUGUUUUAUCUACGCACGACACGAGCGUGCAGUUUGUUUCCAGUGCAUAUAGCGACCCAGAGCAGCAGGAGUCAUGUCGCUUUGUGGAUUUAUCAAAUGAGCAGAGUUGGUUACAUGGCACAUUUUCAGUCAAGUACGAACC